AUGAAUGUGUUCCAGGUAAUGCGACACUUCAUCGGACUCCUCACCGCUUUCCUUCUACCAACAGUAUGUUUCUGUGGAUAUUCAACUGCUCCUUCUUCUACAGUCAGCAUUGAUAAUUCUUUGAUAGGGGAACCGGAAGUCGUCUGUGAAACAGCAUCAAUCUCUUUACUAUUCAAAACAAGAAACUCAUUCAACGGAAAAGUUUUUGUGAAAGGAUAUGUAUCUGAACCAUCGUGUAUGACUGUUGGAGAUGGGAAGAGUGCUCAUCGUUUCGAAGUUCGACACGAUUCAUGUGGAGUCAGAAGACAGCGAGAAAUCAAUGGAGUCGUCAUCUCUGCGACUAUUUUCAUCACAAAAAUUGAUCGUGCCUAUCGUGUCAGUUGUUUCUACGUUGAAGGAACUAAGAAAGUUCACAACCACGUCGAUAUCAGUGCACUUACCACCCAACUUCUUGAAAGUCAGACCCAACUUCCUGUUUGCAGAUAUGAAAUCAUGAACGAAGCUGGUGGAUCCCCAAUCAAAUACGCUCGUAUCGGAGAUCAAGUGUAUCAUAAAUGGACUUGUGUUGCUGAACUUGAGAAUGUGUAUUGCAUGAAAGUGCACUCAUGUACUGUUUAUGAUGGACAAGGUGGUCCACCAGUCACUGUUAUCGAUGCAAAUGGAUGCUCCGUUGAUGGAGUUAUUCUCCAGAAUCUUGAAUACACUUCUGAUUUGACAGCUGGAAAAACGGCUCCAGUUUUCAAGUUUGCAGAUAAAGCUGGACUUUAUUUCAAUUGUCAGAUUCAGUUGACUAUUAAGGAUGUCAAUUAUGGAUGUGCAAACACGCAACCACAAUGCCCAUCCUCCCAAUACGUUGUUGAACCAGCUCAAAAAACAACGGAAACUGCUGAACCCUAUCCAUAUGACAGUCAUGAAUCAGGAUAUCCAACUCGUCCAGCCAACUAUCAAGUUGCCUCCAGCAGAUACCCAAUUCCAACAACUGAAGCUCCUGCAAGUUAUCCAUCUUCUCCUGCUCCACCACCACCGGGGGCUAACAUUGAUAACUCGUAUCCAGAACCACAACCAAUUUAUAUUUCAGGAAUUCCAGACAAUUCUUAUGAUGCAGUUGUUGGGUACAAUGAUACAGAACAACCAUUCACAACUUCCGCCGCUUAUACCGAAGAUGGGGUUUAUAGUCGACUUAUCAAGAGAAAUGUCGUCGAGUCAUCUGAACAAAUAAGUAGUGAUGGAAAGAAGAGACCGGUUACGGUAGGAGACAUUGAUCUACCUGAACGUGGAAUUUUGGUGUUUGGAUUAGAAGAAAUGGAGGAUGGAGAGACGACAAAUGGAGGAGAUCACGGAGCAACAAGAGCAUUGAGAGAAGCAAGAAGAAGUCAAGAGAAGACUUGUUUUUCCACGUCCCGAAUGUACUUCUCUCUUAUUCUUCUUUGUCUUUUAUUCGCUGCAACUGUCGUUGUUUUCAUUGUAAUCGUUCAAAAACAACGACAAAUUCUGGCACAAACUGCAUUCUUCAAGACAUAA